AUGUUAAAAUAUGCCAACUUUGCAUAGGAUAUUCUUAUCUUAGAAAUAUGCGUAAAAAAUAAGUAAAACCGACUGCUAAUGUAAAGCGCGUUACAAUUUGAAAUCAUCCGGAUCGUAUUAUCUUUGUUCCACUACAUUGGCUUUAGAUCGUUUGUAGAUCAUUUAUAUACCGAAUCAGGAGCGCCGGCUUGACAUUGAUCUGACGGACGUCGUCGCGCGCGCAAUAUAAAAUUAUUUUAUAAAUAACGGAUUUUAUCUAAAAUUGAAAAACUUUCGAAUUUAUUACAAUUAAACUUGGAAUCAUAAAAUUCAUUUGAAGUUUCAAAGUGAAGUGAUUUGGAUAUUUGAGUGUCUUGUGUUUACAUAAAGAUGCUGCAACACCUCACCCAACUGCUCCUUAUCUUCGCAAUUCUCCAAAGCAUCCACUCAACGGAAGAGGGUUAUCUGCGAUUUGUGAAAGACGGCUGCUUCCUCAGAGGCGAGGCCCUCUCCUGCGUCAAAUACAGAGCAUUGAAAAUAGCAAAACAAACUAUAUUUGAAGACUAUCAGAACUCAACUAUAAACGCGACUCAGAUGAUAAGCCUUGUACCAUUAGACGAGGAAACGAUAAAAGAGCUCUCUUUAAAGGAACACGCGCAAUUAUUCUCUAAUGAGCCAAAGAGUUUCUUGUCUGAGUGGGCUGAACUGGCGAAAUACUUUAUGAAACUGGUUCAAGACUUCUUUAAAAUGAAAGGAUUGAGGGUCGCGCUUCCUGACGGCGCGAGGACUGUUGAAGACGAGGUUAAUGAUGAUGCUCGUGGUAAGAAGAAGAAGUUAGCUAUCAUCAUCCCACUGCUGACGCUGCUUGCUACUAUGAAGAUCAAGUUUAUGCUGAUACCAGUACUUCUGGCGGUGAUGCUGAUCAAGAAACUAUUGCUGAUUGCUGCUUUGCUGUUACCAAGCUUGUUGAGUACGUUGAAGGCAUGCAAGCAUCACCACCCGAUGACUCACUACUCAUACUUCGGAGGCAGCGAUUCGAGCGACUAUAAUUCUGAUUACAGUAACAGUUACUCCUACUCCUCUGGGGGAGGUAAAGACUGGGCUGCUAAUAGGGCCUACUCUAUGCCCAAAAAUAGACACAGUCCUACGCCUAUGUACGUCACGGCACCAGGGUCUAUCGCUUAGAUUUGAAAGCAUUGACGUAUAUCAGACACGAACGUUCAUAUAAACUCUUUGUUUAAAAGCUAUUUAACCAAAAUGUCAAUGUCUUAAUUUGUUAUUCACUUAAAUAACAAAUAAUUUUACUUAUUCAAUAAAAAAUUUGCGUAACUUUUCCUACUUUCAACUUUGACGUUGGCAAAAUCAUCGUCUGCCAACGAUGGAGCCACAAUCUUAAAAUUGAAGUGAUGGAAUUUUACUUACUUCACUAAUAUUUUUUAUUCACAUCCAAAUUUGCACUUAGACUAGCGUUUUUAUAUUAUGAGCGCACUCCGUACACAGCCACAAGCAUCAAUAUUGACACCAUACUAAAAUCAGUUUGAAUGGAUAACAGUUCAAUUCAGUUGAACACAGUGAAUGUUUGGAACGACAAAUCUAGUACGUUGUACAUAUAUAUCGUUGGUUCAAAGACUUCUACUCCUAUAACGAUAUGUUAAUGUCUAUUGAAUAAGAUAAAGAGAUCAGAGUUUAUUAUAUUAUUUUUAUUAGUAAUAAAAAUAUUAUAACUAGAAACAAUAUUGUCAUAGAAAUGUAUCUAAAACAGCUGCUAUUUAAUACAAUGGUUAUGUUACCAAAGUUGAGUAUAAAUGUUAUUUUAUAAGCCACAUAUUUAUUUUAGUAAGGUAGAAAUUUAAGGUAAUUUAUUUAUUUAUUCGUGUAUAAAUUAUAUUUAAGAUUUAUUGAAUUAAGCAAAUACGUACGUAUAAUAAAAACGUCUAUUUU